GCGGAACUGUCAAGAAGCCAAGACGAAAUUUAUAAAUGAAUCUAAUGGAUAGAACCGAAAAUUUAUUGAUAAUGUGUGAAUUUCAUGCUGAUGAAAGGAUUACCACCAGUGAUAUCAAUUUCAGACCCGCAGUGUUUUUUUAAGGAAGCACAAAUGUAAUUCCAACAGGCUUAUUACAUGUAUAUGCAUAACUUUAGUGCUGCAGUUAAUAGUUAUUAGCAUUUUAUUACCACUACAAUUAACUAAUUUUAUUAAUUUCUUUUUUGACAAAAUCAACAGUCUCAAGAAAGAAAUGUCGUCUUCGGAAAAGAAAAACAGAACUGUUUUAAAUGGAAAUAAGCUGAUUUAUUUUUAUUUUUCACAUGACGCACAAGGCUCCUGGUUAGAUUUAAGAGACUAAUUUAGCAAAGCAAAAGUAAUCAGGCGGUGCCGUCCUGACUGAGGUAAUGCAGUUAUAUGGGUUAUAUAAAGCCAAGGAGUUAUAACAGAACUAAGAUUUGUUAAAAUAUUUGUAGUAGGUAAUUCUGAAACUUCCUGUUUGGGCAUAGAUAAAAAUUAUAGCCUCGUUUUGGCCUACGACAAAGGCCAUAGGUUAACUUACAUGUAUUAACAAAAUUUGAAAAAGGUGAUGCUUUUGUUUAAGUUGUUAUACAUGUAUUUACAUACAUGAAGGCAUAUUUACGAGUGGGGGAAAGUGUAUCAGGCAAAUACACAUUCUGAAUUACUAUAGCUGGAUCCAUCAAUUAUAAAACUCGGAUUAAGUUGAGUCCGUAGCCAACGGUAUGAGCCAUAUCUAACUAGCUGCGACCCCUUUCAGCAGAAUGAAAAUGGUAUAGUUCAGCAGGUUCAUUUGCGAAAUAUUUUACCUUUGUAGGAAAUAAAGCUUUAAACGCAAAAACCUCGGCUUUUUAUCUCAUAGCCAUCAAGGCGGUUUCUGUUGAUUCGUGAUAAUUUUGCUGACUUGGACGCAAACACUGAGACAAUUUAACGUGUAUUGCAACGCGCAUAACUUGGUUGAAUUUAGGGAUGAAAAUAAUAUCUGUUUUACCUAAGCAACAGUGACAGCUUUGACCUAUAAAAUCCCAUGAAGAUUAAGUGGAGUAAUAAUGCUUGUAAUUUACUUUUUAUUUGCUUUUGCUGAUUAAUGCAUUUCUAUGGCUUUAACUUCAGUCUUAAGGGUACUUAUACAGUGAUGUUCAUAAGUGAAGAAACAUUUGCUUAUCAAUUUUCUUUUUAAAAAAUUAAACCUUUGUUUAGAGCGAAAUCUGCACAGACUUCUUCCACUGAUUGAAUUUGAUACCACACCAUGUAUAAGACAUUAAAAGUAUUACAAUAUUUUCAAUACUGUGGUCUCUGACAGGAGUGAAUGUAAAUUAGGCUGAGAUCCAAAGCCAGACAGUUAAAAACCACUGUUGACGUCCUCAAGGUUGGUUUGCUGUUUUUUUUUUUCUGAAUCAGUAUUUCAUUGGAAUAAAUUUAGGGAUAAUUUGUGUAAUAUGUAGGAUUUUUCUUGCUCUGUGAGCAAACUUUUAGACCGCGAUUUUGCCCACUUUGUUAAUGUAUUUAGGCUUUGUUAAUUAACAGUUCAUUUUAAUCAAGGGACUUAUUAUUUAAAGUAAAGGUGUGAACACACACGUUUGAAUAUUAUUUAACUGUUCUCGGUUUUGGCUGCAGGUUUUAUGCACACCUUGUAGGGUAUAAAAAGUAGUCACAUUUGCAUAAGUAAGCUGGUUCUUUUUUUACUUUUUUUAAUGUUAAAACAGACACAACCCGUGCCUAGCAUGAACAGAUGGAGAUUAUAUUACAUUUGCCCUAGCUCGAGACAUUUGUCCUAGCUCCAAGAUGUCGGAUGCAAGGAGCGACAGCAAUGUCAACCAUGUGACGAAAACCAACCAACUAGAAGCCACCACGACAAUAACCAUAGCGAUUUGUGUACUGAUUACGAUAGUUGCGCUCAUCAUCUCAGCCGUCGCAAUCUCCAAACCCGCUGGCUCUGACAUUACAGUCCAGGGUAAAACGACAAGUCCACGACAAACUCCCCAGCCUGCAGUAGCAUACUCACCCAGUACCUAUGACGCCAGCUGGUGUCAGGCUUCCAAUAGAAGGAGAAUUUACACAGUGGCCAUUGGAUUCGAUAUUGGGGCUUAUGUAUAUAGUGACGACAGCGGGUUUCAAGUUGGAUUCGGUCACGACCUAAUAGACGCAGUGUGUCAGGAGGCGGGAAUUGAUUGCAGGAUUGUCACGGAGCCGUUCACCAACUGCAUGUUCUCAGAGAAAGGGCAGCCACAAAGAGGGGGGAUAGGACUUAUGGAAGGUUGGUACGACGCCUGCAUCGGAUAUCUGGCCUCACGUCAACGAAGGCAGAUUUUCUCAUUUUCCAAGCCGUUUCUGAAACCACUCGAGGUCUAUUUCUACGCCUUUCCUGGAUUUAAUCCAUUCAAUAUUACUGGAAAGAAAGUAGGACUGAUUAGCGGGUUCUUCACUAACGAAGCUUGUAUAGCCGGACUGGACCAGGUAGCUGGAAGAGACGUCCCGCACGCCAACGUUUUCCAUGCCCAAACACCUGCCGAGCUCUUGGCUAUGAUCCAGAACGGAACAGUAGAUGUGGGUUUUGCGGCCGCAGUAGAUGUGAUCAACGUAAUCUCUGACACUAAUGUUCGACAGUUCCCCUCGGGUCCCUUCUUCUGUAAGAAUUACGGACAGACCGGAAUGAUGACCCGUAAAGACAACGACUUCAACUCUAAAUGGAAUGAAGGGUUUGAGAAACUGGUCUCUUCAGGACGUUUUAAACGGCUAUGUGAUGAGGCACGGAUCAAGCACGGUCAUCGCGGUGAGAUUGACUGUGUUGAUGCCUAACAACAGCUGGGAUCUGUAACCUUCACCUUGAUAGCUAAACCACAGGACGAGGCACCCGUAACUUUUAUGGCAACUUGUGGAACUUACAAGAGGCCACGGCAAAAUUUUUUAAUGAAUCUAAUGGAUAGAACAGAAAAUUUAUUGAUGACGAUGACGAUGAUGAUGGAAGGAUGACCACCAAUAAUACCAGACCCGCAGUGUUUUUUAAGGAAGCACAACUGUAAUUCCAACAGGCUUAUUACAUUUAUAUGCAUAACUUCAGCGCUGCAGUUAAUAGUCAUCAUCAUUUCAUUACCAUUACAAUUGACUAAUUUUAUUAACUUCUUUUUUUGAAAAAAUCAACAGUCUCAUGAAAGAAAUGUCGUCUUCAGAAAAGAAAAACAGAACUUUUUAUAAUCGAAAUAAGCUAGCUGUUUUAUUUUUUAUUUUUCAUGUGACGCACGAGGCUCCUGGUUUAAUUUAAGAGACUACUUUAGCAAAGGAAAAACGACCAAGCGGUGCCGUGCUGACUGCGGUAAUGCAGUUAUAUGGGUUAUAUAAAGCUAAGAACUAAGUUUUGUUAAAAUAUUUGAAACAGGUAAUUCUGAAACUUUUUGUUUGGACAUAGAUGAAAAUUAUAGCCUCGUUUUGGCCUACGACAAAGACCAUAGGUUAACUUACAUGUAUUAACAAAAUUUGAAAAAGGUGAUGCUUGUGUUUAAGAAUUUUACGAAUACGAGUGGGGGAAAGUGUAUCAGGCAAAUACACAUUUUGAAUUACUACAGCUGGAUCCAUCACAUUAUAAAAUUCGGAUUAAGUUGAGUCCGUAGCCAACGGUAUGCUCCAUAUAUAACUAGCUGCGACCCCAUUCAGCAGAAUGAAAAUGGUAUAGUUCAGCAGGUUCAUAUUUGCGAAAUAUUUUACUUUUUCAAAAAUCAUGUAGAAAAUUAAGUUUUACACGCAAAAACCUCAGCUUUUCAACUCACGCGGUUUCUUUUGGUUCGUGAUAACUUUGCUGACUUAGACAAGCACUGAGACGUGUAUUGGAACAUGUACAGUAUAACGUGGUUGAAUUUAGGAAUGGAAAGAAUACCUGUUUUACCUUAGCAACCGUGAUAGCUUUGACCUAUAAAAUCCCAUGAAGAUUAAGAGGAGUAAGAAUGCUUGUAAUUUACUUUUUAUUCGCUUUUGCUGAUUAAUGCAUUUCUAUGGCUUUAACUUCAGUCUUAAGGGUACUUAUACAGUGAUGUUCAUAAGUGAAGAAACAUUUGCUUUUCAAUUUUCUUUUUAAAAAACCAAACCUUUAUUCAGAGGGAAAUCUGCACAGACGUUUUCCACUGAUUGAAUAUAAUACCACACCAUGUACAAAACAUUAAAAAUGUUACAAUAUUUUCAAAGUAGACUUUUUAUACUCUUUUUAGACCGUGAUUUUGCAGUUCGUUAAUGAAUACCCACUUUGUUAAUUAGCAGUUCAUUUUAAUCAAGGGACUUGUUAUUUCAAGUAAAAGAGUGAACACAAACAUUUGAAUAUUAUUUAUUUGUGCUCGGUGUCUGGUUGCAGGCUUUGUGCUCACCUGGUAGGGUAUAAAAAGUAGUCACGUUUGCAUAAGAAGGCUGGAUCUUUU